AAUAUAUGUGGAUUUUCCGCGGGAAGCAGUGUACCCUGGGUAACCUGAGUCACACGUGCAGUUCCGCCAUCUUGUACAGUUCUUUAUCAAAGUCUUCCUUCAAACUUCGAAAAGUUAUGGCUGAUAAAGGCGUCGAAUCCGGCGAAGAAGAGGAACCCACAAUAGCUGAAGAUGUCGUAGUCACCAAGUAUAAAAUGGCUGGUGAUAUGGCCAACAGAGUGCUUCUGAAAGUGAUAGAGGCUGCUGUAGCCAACACCACAGUUUUAACUCUUUGUGAGCUGGGUGACUCUCUGAUACUAGAGGAAACCAAUAAGGUUUACAAAAAAGAAAAAGAAAUGAAAAAAGGUAUUGCAUUUCCUACAUGUAUUUCAGUCAAUAACUGUGUGUGUCACUGUUCUCCUCUCAAAAGUGAGCCAGAUGUGCCCCUCUGUGAUGGAGAUUUGGUCAAAAUAGAUUUUGGUGUACAUAUUGAUGGGUUUAUAGCUGUGGUUGGACAUACUGUUGUAGUCGGAGCUUCCAAAGAAAACAAAAUCACAGGCCGCAAGGCUGAUGUUCUACAAGCUGCAUAUCUAGCAUCAGAGGUUGCACAAAGAAUGGUCAAACCAGGAAUAGAGAAUAAUGCCAUUACAGACCUUGUUCAGAAAGUUGCCGAGUCCUUUAAAUGUAAACCUAUUGAAGGUAUGUUAUCACAUCAACUUGGUAAAAAUGUCAUUGAUGGUGAGAAGGCAAUAAUCCAGAACCCUACAGAAGCUCAAAGGAAGGAGCAUACCAAGUGUGAGUUCGCUGUCCAUGAAGUAUAUGCCGUAGAUGUUCUAAUAUCGACUGGAGAUGGAAAGACCAAGGAAAAGGAGAAUAGAACCACUGUAUACAAACGGACUGCAGAAUCUUACAAUCUCAAGCUGAAAGCAUCUCGAGUGUUUUACAGUGAGGUUGUAUCCAAGUUUGGCAUGAUGCCAUUUACCCUAAGAGCAUUUGAUGAAGAACGCAAGGCAAAAAUGGGAGUUGUAGAAUGCCAGAAACACAACCUAGUGGAACCAUUCAACGUUUUAUGGGACAAAGAAGGUGAAUACGUGGCCCAGUUCAAGUUUACGCUGUUACUUAUGCCCAAUGGAAAUAUUAGAAUCACCCAAGGACCUUACGACCCUGAUCUAAUCCAGUCAGAACAUUCUAUAGAAGAUGAAAAAAUUAAGGAAAUUCUCGCACAGUCUACCAGUAGGAAAGCUCAAAAGAAAAAGAAAAAGAAGGCAUCGUCGAAGGCAUCCGAUGCAACAGUAGAAGCAAAAGAAGAUACAGAGUAGACUAAAUAAUCCAAAACAAAAAACGAAACCCAACCACCACAGAAGGCCCUGUUUAUUAGUCAACAAAAAUACACUGCGUUACUGUUGAACAACUAGUGUACUUCAUAUAUACACAGAUUCCUACAAAUAUCGCAGUAAUUUUAACCUUGAUUCAAGUUUCGAUGUGUUAUUUUUUUUAUUUCUUUCUCACGAAGUGAGUGAGUAUUCUGUCGUUUGUUGAAUUCCAAUUAGCUUCUUCAAGAUUUUUUUCCCAAAGAGAGCUCCUUCCUUCACAAAGUGAGUUUUCUUUGUCUUUUCUGUUUUGAUUAGUUUUUGGUUCGAUUUUUUGUUUGUUCGUUUUGUUUUUUGUUUUGUUUUGGAUUUUUUUCCCCCAAGAAAAGUUUGUUUUAAUUCCCAUUAGUUUCUCCCAAAGCAAGUUUAUUUCUUCAGGAAAUGGAAUGUCAUUUGUCUUUUUUCUUCAUUUUUUCCCCGAUUUUGUUUCUUUGAAUUUUGUAUAAAAUUUAUUUUUUCAAUUUCCAUUGAUUUCUCCAACAAUAGUCUCCUUUACAGUUCCUUGCGCCAUCUUGAAAGGUAGCCGUGCCUUUGCAUCGAAGCGAGACGAACGGUGAGCUUACAAUGAUAAAGACGUAAAAAACUGUCCAAUGUGUGACGACAAGGUCUCUAUCACUGCAAGGUUUCUGUUCGUCUCGCUUCGAUACAAAGGCACGGCUACCUUUGAAGAUGGCGCAGGGAACUUUUCCCUCAUAAUCCGUAUUAUUUUCUUGUAUCUUGAUAAAACUGUUACGUGCAAUCUAACAUGUAAUCGAACCUUCCUAAGGGUUUAUUUAAACGAUAUAACUUACUGGCAGUACAAAGAACUCUGGAAUCAUUAAAUACAAGACCUUCCUAAUCUA